CAAUAAUAUAUAAAUAAAAUUUUCAUAAAAUUAUAUUGAACAUGUGAGGUUCAAGUUAUAUUGAACAAGAAAUUCUGAUCAACUUGUCUUCAUUGAAAUGAUGUUUUGCACUUAGUUUAAAUUAAUCUUUGUCUGAUGCAUUCCCUCACUUUUGGUGCUUCAUUGAAAGAUGAGGUUGGCUUGAUCUUCCUAUAACAAAUACGCAGAGAACAGGAAAUAGAGUUUGCCAGAGAAGGUAAAGGAAAGGCCCCAAAAUUAUAUUUAUGUACUCCAUAAGCAAUAUCAAAAUCCUCAUCUUUUCCCUCUGACUGCAAAAAGUUUUAAUUUCUAAAUUUGAGGUUUGGCCAGUUCAGAAUUAAGCAGCAAGAGUAAGAUAUCUCCAUGCUAGUGGCUAAAUUUGUAUCUAUGGAGGAGAAAUACUCUGCUCAUGUUCUGAUAGUGAAAAGGAAGUGAAGCUAGUAGGUGGCUUUCUGACACACAGGUGAUUAAAAAUAUUAAAAAAUCCAGAAUUCUACCAGAAGAUAGGUGAUGAUUCUGGCUGGGAUGUAGUCUCAGAAAAAAUAAUACUUCCAAUGUGCAACUUGAAAAUAAUAUGAUAGUACUUUUAUAUUAGGAAAAAGAAGACCAGACUUACUGAAGAUACUCAAUAUUCUACUUGUUUUUGCUUUGUUUGCUGCUGCACUUAGAUUGGAAUUGUUGGACCAUUUAGGUUGGAAAGGACCUCCAAGAUCAUUAACUCCAACCAUUAAGCCAGCACUGCCAAGUCCACCACCAAACCAUGUCCUUAAAGUACCACAUUUAUAUAUCUUUUAGAUACCUUCUGGCUUGGUGACUCAACCACUUCCCCAAGGAGCCAUGCCAGUGCUUGACAGCCCUCUCAGUGAAGAAAUCUUUCCUAAUAUCCAGGCUAAAUAUCCCCUGGUGCAACUUGAGGCUGCUUCCUCUUGUCCUAGUGCUUGUUGCUUGGGAGAAGAGAGAUUCCCCACCUUGGUACAAUCUGCUUUCAGGUUGUAGAGACUGAUAAGAUCACUCCUGAGCCUCCUUUUCUACAGACUGAACAACCCCAGUUCCCCCAGCUGUGUUUGUUCCUCAUAAGACUUGUGCUCCAGACCCUUCACCAGAUUCACUGCCCUUCUCUGGACACACUCAACACCUCAGUGUCCUUUAUGUUUUGAGGGGCCCAAAAAUGAACACAGAACUUGAGUACAUUUCUACAUCUGUGACUGGUUUAGAUCCCUGGAAUUGUUGAGAGCAGUUAUUCACACUGGAAUCAAAAUAAAGGAGGGGAAUUGUAAUCCAGAAAGACUUCCAAGAUGUGUUUCUUCUCUGCUCUGGGUUCUGAGCAGUCUGUCUUAAGAUAUUUUUUAGUACCUUGUCUGCAUUUCCAGGUGGGAAGCUCUGAAAUGCUUUUUGUCUUCCUACGGUAGAAAAUGUGAGUAAAUCAGAACAGGCCCUCUUGCUACUAACAAAUCAUGCAAGGGAAUCAACUGUGGUGUGAGUGUUUCCAUAAACAAAUUACUACCAGGUAAUUCCCAAAGUCUGUUAGCUCCGUGUUUGUUUAGCAACCCUAUUAAUUAUGUGAAUUUCUAUUUUUUCUAGUGUAUUUUUCUUCAGUUUCAUACACUUGGUGAAAACCGGUACUAAGUGCAGAAGUAUUACUGGUAGCAUUUUCAUCCCUGGAAGUUGUUGAUAUUUCUUUGGGUGUUGGUAGCUUGUACAUGAUAUGGAAGAAACUAUGAGAUCUAAAGAAUUUGCUUGAACAUGUGGAGUUCUGAAGGAAAUACUGAUGUGGGAGCCCUGUUUUCUGAAAUAAGUGAUUUACAAACUGUUUAUUUGCAAGGCAAUGCCUACUGUGAAGGCUGACAGGUCUAGCAGCCUUUUCAGGACCAACCAAUCAGUUGUGCAUAGCAGCUGGAAACAUCUUACCCUGGUCCCAGUUUCACUCAUUCUGGUAUGAAGAGCAGAAAUGUAUCAAUGUGUAUCAGCAAUAGUGUGGUCAGCAGGACCAGGGCAGUGAUUGCCCGCCUUUACUUGGCACUGGUGAGGCCACACCUCAUGUACUGUGUUCAGUUUGGGGCCCUUAAUUCAGGGAGGACAUUAAGGUGUGGGAGUGUGUCCAGAGAAGAGCAAUGAAGAUGGUGAAGGGUCUAGAGGGUAAGUCCUGAGAGAAUCAGCUGAAAGAGCUUCAAGUGUUUAGCCUGGAGAAAAGGAGGCUAGGGGGGACCUUUUACAAGAGGAGGCUGUAGCCAGAUGGGGGUCACUGAUCUCCCAGGCAACCAGCAACAGGAUGAGAGGAAAUGUCCUCAAGCAUAUAUGGUGGGGGAGGUUCAGGUUAGACAUCGGGUGAAAUUUCUUCAUAGAAAGGGUGAUUAGACUUUGGAACAGGCUGCCAAGGUCAUAUGUCCAACCUAUGACCAAACAGCACUGUGCCAACUACACCAGGGCAUUGAGUGACACGUCCAGUCUUGCCUUGAGCGCCUCCAUCUGUGAGGUUAGUUUUGGUAUGGUUUGGUCCUUUCCACACCAUCUCACUUCCUCCCAGACAAUUUUCUUGUAGUCACUAAAUUUUCUUUUUUUUUUUUUUCUUUCAGGAAGGGAAACAAAAUCUUGCAAAACAGAAAAGAAAGACUUACAAACACUCUGGAAAGGAGAUAUGAUCAAAGGAAAUGCAAUUGAAGAAAAGAAAAAAGAAAAUUGGGACGUUUUGUGACUAUAAGCAAAUGGGCUGGGAUUAAUGAGGUGCAGUGCAAAGGACCAAAACAUGCCAUAACUAACCUCACAGAUGUUGCAAAAGCAGGGGAAAAAACAAGGAGGAAGAAAGAACUCUGCGGGGAAGAUAUGAGAGACAUGGCAUGGAUACUUAAAAAAAAAAAUCUUUGCCAAAGUGAAAGGCAUCAAAAGGCAUGGGAUGCCAUCAAGCACAGGGACAUGGACCAAAGCUUGCCAAAAUUGAUCCCCAUUGAAAUUGCAAGAUUUCUUUUCCUUUUCCUAAAGGAGUUGUUCAAGGAAACACCUUCUGGUACAGCCUGCUGCAGCCUGCAUGAGAAAUGGGACAAGUGUGCUGUGAGUUGGAUCCACUAUAAUAAGAUUAUCCCAGAGCUACACAAACCUCAGCUAGCAGCUAUUUUAAACAGAGAAUAGCAGAGAACAAGAGCAAACAGCCGCAAAAUAUGUCCAGCUGUCUCCCUUUCUAGAAUUCCAGGGUGGAAAUUGCUGCCAUGAUGUGCAUACUGUGAGUGUCAGGAAUUGCCCCCAUCUCUGGGCACAAUCAGUCAUGGUUUUUGUGCACAUCAUAACAUCAGAUGGUUGCAUUCAGCUCCAUUUGGAAUACAUCAUCUAAUUACAUUCCUUCAGAUGUCUGGUGUAUUCUUAAAGCAUGGUGAGCUUUGUAAGAAGCUCACAUGAAAACCAGUGAGAGGUACUGGCUACCAUAAAAAUAAAAGAAUGGACUCAGUUUUCAUCAGUGAAGUUUUAUACCAUCGGAUACUGAGCAAAAAAAGUAACUAUGUUUGGACUCCUUUUUUUCAUUUUAUUCACCCCUGGAGUCAGUGAAUUCAUUUGUUCAUCAUCAGAUCUUGAAAUGUCAUACACUUUUUGCGAUUCUACAGCUCAUGCUUUCAUGUUUAAUCUAACACCUUGCAGCAUGACGAACAAACCUGUCUGGAAGGCUGCUCUUACCUGGAUUCCAAGAAGUGACAUCCACUUUUUGAAGAUUGUCUUCAAUGUCUGGUAUGAUGGUGCCAAAGCAUUCCUCUGGAAAGAACUCCUCUGCAGUGGAGCUGACGAUGAAUACUCAGUGUGUGGAACGCUGAAAGGAGAAACACUUGACUCAGCAUUUGACAUUAAAGGCUCAAAAAUUACAUUUCCAAAGGGCAAUUAUAGUAUUGUUUUGCAAGGAUUCUCUGAUGAUUCUGAGAAUAAUAUGCUCAUAUGCUUGAAUUUCACCAUGAUAGUAAAAUAAGAUGCUUUCUGAGUGCAACAAACUUCUCAAAUAAUUCCAGAAUAUGGAGGUCACUUCUGUGAGCACCUGGAAUACAAGCUGUGAAGUAAUAUGCACACUGAAUUUCCUGAGGCAGAAUACAUCAUGUGCUGUCUGGGAAGCUAUAAGAUAUAGUCUUUCUCAUUUGUAGCACAGCCAUAAUCAGUUGCUCAGCCAAUGUGCCCAAAAUUUCUGGGAAUCAGGCAUCCUGAAUAAUCCACGGAAUUACCCUGACUGGAUGUCAGGCUGGACCUGCAUUUUGGUGCUGUGCCUUGAGUUACAAUAAAGUUGAGUGCUCCAAGCUGAGCUAAAGUAAUCAAGUUUUGAAGUUUUGAAGUGCCAGAAUCAGAAGUUCAUCAGUAUUCAAUUUAAAAUAACACAGCAAUUGAAUUUGGGAACCCUGCUGUGAAGUGGUGGGGGGUGGUUUUUUUGUUUGUUUGGGUUUUUUUCUUUUCUUGUAACAAUAAAACUUGUUAGUA